UUGGCAUGCUUUCCAAAGCUUUGGAAGGAAGCCGUGGUGGUUGCGUUACCAAAGCCAGGAAAGGAGAACUACACGCAUCCCAAGUCCUAUAGACCAAUUGGCCUACUGCCAGUUCUAGGCAAGAUACUUGAAAAAAUGCUAAUCAGAAGGAUUAGAUGGUACACCACGCCAACCAUCAGCCCCAAGCAGUACGGCUUUUUACCCCAACGCAGUACCGAGGACUCCCUUUAUGACAUGAUGCAGUACAUUAGGAAUGAGUUAAAGCUCAAAAAACUGAUCGUGCUGGUAUCAUUGGACAUAGAGGGAGCCUUCGACAAUGCUUGGUGGCCGGCGAUACGCUGCAGACUGGCGGAGACCGAAUGCCCAGCGAACCUGAGGCGACUGAUAGAUAGCUAUCUUGAGGAUAGAACAGUACGCGUCAGGUUUGCUGGAGCGGAAUGGUUGAAAAACACGACAAAGGGGUGCGUGCAGGGAUCAAUCGGCGGUCCCACCCUAUGGAAUAUUGUAUUGGAUCCGUUGUUGAAAGAAGUGGCGUUGAAGGGGGAGCACUGUCAGGCGUUUGCGGACGAUGUGGUCCUCAUUGUCUCCGGAGACACGACCCUGGAGGUAGAGAGACGAACAAAUGCUGUCCUCGGGCAUGUUUGGAGCUGGGGAGUCAAAAACAAACUACGUUUCGCGCCACAUAAAACCAAGGCCAUAUUAUUUACAAAUAAACUAAAGUACGACUCACCAGCUCUAACUAUGGGCGGGGAGGCAAUAGAAUACUCCCGGGAAAUAAAAAUACUUGGUCUGACUAUUGACCGAAAAUUAACUUUUAAUGGGCACAUAAAAAAUGUAUGUAGGAAGGCUCAGAUAAUUUAUGGCCAACUCUCAAGAGCCGCAAAAAUCAACUGGGGUCUGAAUUCGGAGAUAGUGAGGACCAUAUACUUGGCGGUGGUAGAGCCGAUAAUUCUUUAUGCAGCAAGCGUUUGGGCACCGGCGACCAAAAAGGUGGAAACGAGGAAAUUACUAAACUCGGUGCAACGCGGCUUCGUGCAGAAGAUAGUUAAAGCUUAUAAAACUGUCUCACUGAACUCGGCCCUCCUCCUGGCUGGGUUGCUCCCCCUGGAUCUCAGAAUCCGGGAGGCGGCACUUAUAUAUGAAAUCAAAAAAGGCCAUUCGAGGGAGGUAGUAGGCGACCGAGAUCUGGAGAAAAUGGAAGCUUAUACAGAAUUGCCGCAUCCCGCAGAACAGUUGAUAUAUUUAUACAUCCUUUAUACACAUUAUACUAUUGACGCUACACGGACAUAUACUCCCAAGAUGUUUGGAAUUAGAACACCAACUAAACCGACACAAUCACCCUCUAAAACAGGAAGUGAAAUUUCAAAAGUAAGACGCAGCAUAGAUGACUGGGAAUCUAACAUUGAUUCAACCCCAUCCAUGACUACCACGACAAUGCAGGCAGGUACUGCUAAAACAAAACCAACGGUAUCAGUGCUACAAAACAGUAAAACCACGCAAAAAGUGUCUGUUGAAAUACACACUCCGCCAAAGCAGCAGUAUGAAAAUAGAACAAUGGAAGCAAAGGCCUGUUUAACAAAAGGCAAGCUUCAUCUAAACGCCUCUCGGAAUACGAAAACAGAGAUAAAAAAUGGCGUUGUAGAAGCACUGGAUCGAUUAUAUCAGCUUGUUAAAGAAGCUGAAAUGGAGUUAAAGGCAAAAAAGGCAAAAGGAGAAAAGGAAAAGAGUGCACAAGUUGAACAAGCCCACUAUAAAAUUAUCCAAGCAAACCUCCAGCGCAAAAAAUUAGCAACCCAUGAACUUUUUAUUGAAGCUGAGAAACGUCGAGCUGAUAUAGCACUACUUCAAGAACCAUACGUAGGUGGUGCUAACACGAUGAAAGGUCAAAGAGGCGUGAGGGUUUUUCAAAACUCUAGCCCAGGAGAAGGGACUGUUAAGGCAGCGGUAGCCGUCUUCAACGUUGAUUUUAACAUAAAACAGUACCCAAAACUCACCACAAACAACAUCAUUGUGGUGGGAAUUCAAACUAGAGCUUGGGAAAUAACACUCGUCUCUUAUUACUUCGAGCCAGAUCAGCCCAUAGAACCGUAUAUUGAUCACCUUAAAAAGAUAGAGCAAGAAAUUGGAAGUACAAAGUGGAUUGCUGGAGGUGACGCCAAUUCAAAAAGUACAUGGUGGGGAAGCCCGAUCGUUGACCAUAGAGGAGAAGAAAUCGCAGGAGCUUUCGAGGAGCUGGGUCUGAACAUACUGAAUAGAGGGGACAUUCCGACCUUCGAUACCAUCCGAGGAGGAAAACGAUAUUCCAGCUACGUCGACAUAACAGCCUGCUCGACCGACAUCCUGGACUUGGUAGAUGACUGGACAGUGGACGAGGGUCUUACGAGCUCGGACCACAACGGCAUUAUUUUUAAUAUUCGGCUACAAAAAUCAAAAGGUCUAAGAGUAAACAGAACUACUAGACUGUUUAAUACAAAGAAGGCAAAUUGGCCUAAGUUUCAUGAGAAACUUAACCAAUUGCUGUCAGAAAAUCAAUUUAACAAAUCGGAAAUAGAAAAUAUUGAAACCAUUGAACAAAUAGACAUAGCAACAGAUAAAUUAACAAUAUCCAUAACAGACACUUGCAAGCAAACAAUGCCAACCAAAAAAGCUACAGAAGAACUUACCUUGCCGUGGUGGUCCGAUAAGCUCAACAAGAUGAAAAAAGAAGUCACUACCAUGAAACGAAGGAUCAAAUGUGCUGCCCUGGUCCGUAGACAGAAGGUCGUAGAAGAGUACCUGGAACAAAAAGAGAGGUAUGAGUCAGAAGCUAUUAAAGCCCAGAUCGAGAGCUGGAAAUACUUUUGCUGCAAGCAGGAUAAGGAGGGGGUCUGGGAAGGUAUCUAUAGGGUAAUUGGGAGAACAACGCGCAGGGACGAGGACCAGCCACUGGAAAUCAAUAAGGUAGUGUUAGACGCAAAAGGUUCCGUGAAGUUAUUGGCGGAAACGUUCUUUCCGGAAGACUUAACAGACAGCGAAAACACUUACCAUCGCCACGUAAGAAUAAAAGCUGACAAAGUGAACUCUGCUGAGCAAGAUGACCUGUGUGAUCCCCUGUUCACAAUGCUAGAAUUGAAACAGGCGUAUCGAUCCUUCAACCCGAAAAAGGCCCCAGGAGCGGACGGUUUCACAGCUGAUAUAUGUCUACACGCUAUAGAAAGCAACCCCGAGUUAUUCUUGGCCUUCCUUAAUAAAUGUUUAACUCUACAACACUUCCCAAAAACCUGGAAAAUCGCGACAGUCAUAGUGCUUAAAAAACCAGGGAAAGUAGAUUACACCAUGCCGAAAGCGUACAGGCCCAUUGGACUACUACCUAUACUAGGAAAGAUCUUUGAAAAAAUGCUGGUGAACCGCCUCAAAUUUCACCUUUUGCCAAGGAUAAGUACUCGCCAGUACGGGUUCAUGCCACAGAGAAGCACCGAAGACGCCCUCUAUGUACUAAUGCAGUUUAUUCACAUGAAACUGAAUCAAAAGAAAAUUAUAGCGCUAGUAUCAUUGGACAUCGAGGGAGCUUUUGAUAGCGCCUGGUGGCCAGCCAUACGAGUCCGACUGGCUGAGGAAAGGUGUCCGCUUAACUUGAGGAGGGUCAUAGAUAGUUAUCUCAAAGACAGGAAAGUCGUAGUCAGGUACGCUGGAGAGGAAUAUGCUAAAGGUACAAGCAGAGGUUGUGUCCAGGGAUCCAUUGGAGGCCCAAUCCUAUGGAAUCUUCUGCUAGAUCCUCUCUUGAAAAGUCUCGAAUGCAGGGGAGAUUAUUGUCAGGCGUUCGCGGACGACGUCGUAUUAGUCUUCGACGGCGACACAGCACACGAAGUGGAGCGACGUGCCAAUGCCACUCUAGAACAUGUCUGUGCGUGGGGUGUUGAAAAUAAAUUGAAGUUUGCGCCACACAAGACGAACGCGAUGAUAAUAACAAGAAAACUGAAACACGAUGUACCACGCCUCAACAUGGGAGGUACUGCAAUUGGCAUGUCAAAAGAAAUAAAGCUACUUGGGUUUACAAUUGACGAAAAGCUUACUUUUAACACCCAUGUAUCGAAUGUGUGUAAGAAGGCAAUCGGCAUCUACAAACAACUAUGCAAAGCGGCGAAGGUUAGUUGGGGACUCCAUCCGGAAGUGAUAAGAGUGAUAUAUCUCGCGACCGUAGAGCCUAUUAUACUUUACGCUGCUAGCGUUUGGGCACAGGCUGCAAAAAAGCUAGGGAUAAUAAAACAACUCGCCGUAGUCCAGCGCGGUAUCGCGCAAAAACUAUGCAAAGCCUACCGAACGGUCUCUCUGAAUUCGGCGCUAGUACUGGCUGGAAUACUCCCCCUGGACCUCCGAGUCCGUGAGGCUGCUUUAUUAUAUGAAGCCAAGAGGGGGCUGCCACAGCCAGUGUUGGCGGGAAGAGAGGUCGAGAGAAUGGCUUCAGCUUUUGAGGGCCCACACCCUGCUGAGCGCCUGGAAUUAGGAAUUAUUUGUUUGCGAAGCAUCCGUAUGGCAACGCUAGACGAAUGGAACCAAAGAUACCAGACUGGCGAAACAGGAAAGAUCACGAAGCUGUUUUUCCCAGACGCGAAAGUGGCCUACCGAAUAAUAAGAAAAUUUGAAGCAAGCAGCGAGACUACCCAAGUCAUGACAGGGCAUGGUGGAUUUUCUGAAUACUUACACCGCUUUAAGUGUAAAGAGAAUCCAUCGUGCAUUUGCGACCGCGAUGCUGAAGAAACUGUGCCACACAUUUUGCUGGAUUGUCCCGCAUACGCCGCAGAGCGCCUGAAAAUAGAAAACGAAAUUGAAUUAAAAUUAAUUAAGGAGAAUAUAAAUAUCAUAAUGAUGAGUAAAUACAGAGAAAAAUUUAUGAGUUAUUGUUUGAAAAUUGCAAAAAGAGUAAUAAAUAGGAAUAAAACUGUUUAA